UCUCUCAGACUGGAAAGACGGCCAUGCACUCGAGGACUUCGAGGACUUCCAAGAUGGCCUUAAGUGUGUCGGACAGGUCCAUGGGGGCCAUCAUCGGGGCAGCAGUGGCAGAUGCAGCAGCCCAGCCCAUGCACUGGAUCUACAAUCCAGACAGGCUCAGUGAAGUUCUGUCUGAUCUGGAGCCGUGUCCCGAGUUCAGGCCUCAGUCAGCGAAUCCAUUCUACCGCAGGACGACUGGCGAGCAGACCUGCUAUGGAGACCAGGCGUAUGUCCUGCUCGAAUCACUGAGUCAGCGUGGAGAUAUCGACGUGGAUGACUUGACCAAGCGCAUCUACAAGUUCUUUGGUGCGGGAACCGUGUACGACCUGCCUCUCAAUGACCCUUACAGGAAGAAAGAAGGUCCCAAAGUGGUACUGCCCAUCGAUGGGCCGUGGAAGAACAGCAGCCUGAAGGCUUUCUUCAGAAACGUGGACGCUGGCAAAGAGGAAACUGGCUGUGACGUGGACUGUCAGAUGGACGGCGUCACUAAGCUGGCCCCAGUGGUCGCCAUGUUCGCUGGGCGGCCUGAGAUGCUGGAGAAAGUGGAGAAAGCCACAAGGGUCACGCAGAACAACGACAUGUGUGUGGCUGUGACUCUGGCAGCAGCGAGGGUUUUGGAGCAUUUCAUUCUGAAUGGUCCAGAUCCCAACGCUCUGGACGUAGUUCUGGCUCAGCUGAAUGACCCAAAGAGACAGAACCCUCAGGAGCAGGACCGGGCCGUCAUCGCACAUCUCCACCAGGUGAAGGACAACCUGGGGAAGACGGCCCAGCAGCUCGUACCUGCUGUGUUCUCAAACACAUGAGUUUUGCCCGGUGCGUUCCAGGGAGCGCUUCACGGAGUCCUGACGCUGACCCAGCUGGAUGAAGCAGUCAGAGACACCAUGCGCUGCGGGGGAUGCACCGCUAGUCGAGCCUCCUUCAUUGGAGCCUGUUUUGGAGCACAGACCGGUCUCCAGGGAAUCCCAGAGUCUUGGAGGAAGAGGACGUUCAGAUAUCCUCUGCUGCUGGAGUUGGCUGAAAACGUUAUCCAGAAAAAGUCGGCAGAUGAAGUUUAGUUUUGAAAUCGACCCAAACAAAUCCUGUCGAUGAUUUUUCUUUCAUGAGACUUGUUGUAUUGCAGUACUUUGACAUGGCAGCCCAUGACAGUUUCAUUUUAAAGUCUUCGACUGAAUGAAACUCGAAACUUCUGUUUAUGUUGUCAAAGAUGCUUCAUGCAAGAAAGUGAAAAUGUGUAUUCGUGUUGUGAUGAGGACACGAGACAUAUUUAUCUAAAACAGCUGCAUUGUAAGAAAAAGCGAUUUAAAAAAAUGAAUGAAGAACUUUUGAAUGGGUCCAUUAUCUUUUCUUUGCUGCAGAGUGGACUUAAAGGAUUUCCCUGCAUUGCCUUGGGGAGAUUAAGUUUUCUGCAGUCAGGUUUCAUCAGGUUUCCUUCUUCUCUUCCCCUUGAGUACUUUGUGUUAUUGUGAAGCGAAAGAGCAGACACCAGAUUUACUCCUGCAACAUAUUCCCUCCUCAAAGGAGCUGUUCUGCCUCUCGAAAAGUGCUGACUUCCAUAUUUAUGUGUUUCAAGCAGCCGCCCCAACAGUUCUGACAGUCCGCCAAGUGUGAAGCAGCCAGAGCCUUAAUAUCUUUGUAACAGCCUGGUUAUAAAGGUGCAGCGUGCAGGCUACCGUCAGUGUCCCUAAGCUGCUUUUACAGCUUGAGUCAUUGACAAUAAUGAAUAGGAAGAAGUUCAGGCUGUAGAUCAACUUCUUCACUGGUUUUACAUGUCAUUUUGGCAGUGCAUUGAGAAUUCACUUGUGUUUCAGCCGUGCAUCCUCAACACUGAGCAGAGAGGCUGCAGAAGCUCACAGAGGGAAAGUCAUUUGAUUUCUCUCUCGGCCUGACUUCCUCCCACACAGCAGGUAGCAGCCGCCGUCUGGCAUAAUGACAACCAGACCUGAAGAGUGUUUUUGUUUUUCCAAAAUCUGCCAAAGUCCACUUCCUCAAGACAUUUGCAGAGGAAGGGGAGAUGGUUGCAAAAGAUAUUACGGUGUGGAAAUAUUAUCUUGCAGUUGUGUCAGCGUUGCUCAUCAGCACAGGACGAGUCAAAAAAGAUUACAGGUCAAACUGUUUUAUACAGUUAUUAUGGGAAAGGUAUAAGACAAUCUGUGCACUGUGCAGGUUUCACACAUGCAGGCACCAGACUUGCAUCUUGCUGGUAUUCUCAGGGGGAGGCCUGAAACUAUCUCUUCCUGUCAUCUAUGAUUGCCUCGCUUGCACCAGUUUGUGUCUGUAUCCAUCCAUGGCUGCCGCCUUUAAAAAAAUGCUGACAGUAUUGGGACAGAUGAGCCUCCUAUCUCCUUCUCUACAUAGAAGUGAUGCAUUAUUAAAAGACUAAAAUGUGACAUGUCCUUUUUUUAAUGGGAAGCUGCUAGUGUUGGGUCUAUGUUAACAUUGUGUAUUUACAUUACAUUUAGAAAUGACAGAUAAAGGGUCAGUGGGGUCAAACCAUUAUAACCAGUGUUUAUUCUACAGAAGGUUUGAAUUUGU